AGUAAGUUUAGUAACAAAGGUCAUGCAGCUGUCAUGUAGCUGUAUGCACUAUCAGCCAGGAUACUGAAUCACUGCUGGACAUGAAGCGCUUUAUUCACCACUGAACCAUCACUAAAAGCUAAAUAUGGAGGACAGCGUUGAUGUUAAGGCUCUGAGGGCCCGCUUCAUCAACAAGGACAGCCCCUCAGACACCAGCAACCGAGGCAGCAGCUCCCCAAAACCUCCACACCCUGGGUUUGGGAGAGCGAUCCUUCCAGUGACAGAGAAUCUUCUGGCUCAGCACAGACUGUCUCCCACUGUUCCUCAUCUUAUGGCCUACCCAGGCCUGAUGAAGUUACCCAAGGCAGAGCCAAUGGCUGCCUCCAUCCCCUCCAGACCUGCUGCCAUCCCUAGGCCGCCUCCCAACCCUGGAAUCAGAGCACUCGCACAGCCGUCAGAUGCCAGCAAAGUCAAGCAGACUGGGGAGAUGCUGCAGAGCAUGAUGCUGAGGCACCAGAGGCCUACAGGCACCAGGCCGGUCCUGACUCCGGUCCCAACUCCGGGUUCAGCUCCAAUUCAGACCCCUGCACCAGCUCCCACAUCCACCCCUCAUCCUCGCCAACAGCAGCACAGACAGAGGAGCACAGGGGAAGUAAGCCCACUGAGGAGACCCUUGCCUCCUGAAGGACGCCCACCCAUCAAACCAAAGCGUCCUCCGAUUGUGAACCUGGAGCCCUUUAUGAGGUUCAACCAAGUACCUGCCCUUCCUGUCCCGAGGAGAAGUAAUGUGGAUUCUUCAGGCUCCGGAUGCAGAAAAAUGUCUUUACCAGGAGCAAUCAGUCCUCCUAAACCACCACAACGAUCCAACAAACCCAGCAGGCUGCCGCGCCAGGUCACCUCAGUGGACACUGAAGAUCACCAGGACACAUAUGAUGACAUCGGAAGCUUUGAGAAGAAUGGGUCCUGGAGUGACAACAGUUCUCAGUGUAUAGAGGAUGACGAUGAUGACGUGUAUGAGUAUAUUGAUGAGGACCAGGUGGAGGUGAGCCCGGUAAAGAUGAAGAUAAACAAGAAAGAAGCAAAGAAGCAACGGGAGCAGGACAAAAAAGAACAGAUGGAGCGUCAGAAAAAAGAGAACGAGUUGAGGAAAAACUUUCAGCUGGAAGGUGAAGUGGAGGUUAUUCAUACAGCCAGAGUUCGGCAUGAUUGGAAUGGAGGAGGAAGACUGGAACUGAGUGUACGACAAGGCGAGAGUGUGGAGAUCCUCCGAGUGAAUAAUAAUCCAGGAGGCAAAUGGUUGGUUCGCUCUCUGAAAGGAUCCUAUGGAUACAUCAGUAAUGCGUGUGUGGAUAUUGACUAUGAGGCAGUAAAGCGCAAAGUGCUCCAGCCAAGAGUAACAGACACAUCACCGCUACCUCCACCACCUCCAGACCCUCCAAAGAUGUUAAAUCUAAACUCCAAUAACAGAGACAGCAUGCCUCAAGAUGACGAUGAUUAUGAUGAUGUUCAAACAAUAAUUGAGGAUUUCCCCCCACCACCUCCUGAAAUCAACAUAGAUCCCAAAAUGGAGAAGGAACUAAGAAAAAAAUUUAAGUAUGAAGGGCCGCUCAGGUCGCUGCACACUAUGAUGGUGGAUCCUAAUGCAAUUAUAAAGAAACCAAGUGGAAAAGAUCUACGUGUGUGUCCGGGAGAGGUCCUCGAUAUCAUCCAGCUCACCAGCAAGAAGAAAGCUCUAUGCCGCAACCAGUUAGGAAAAUAUGGUUAUGUGUCCAGAUCUCUUCUUCUUCAAAUGGAAGGAGACAUCUAUGACGAUGUUGACUAUCCAGAUGUCUACGACAAUGACUCUUCCCACACUGAUUAUUAAAACCUGUCAAACUAUACACACAGACACACUCUUCAAGCGUAAGAGCGAGAAAGACACAGAGAAACAACUAAACUAUCUAUACAAAAACAAAAAUUUUAAGCAACAUAAAACUAUAAAUUUAUAAAACUGGAUAUCAAAACAGAAGAUAUAGAGAAAAUGGAGCUGUAUCCAAAGGCUUAAUUUGAAUCCACAGUUGUAUUUGUCCUGCUCUCACACAAACAAACUAACUAACUAAAACUAUGAAUAAAACUAUAUGACUAUAUAAAGCUGUACAAAACUGAUCCAUGUGGACACACACACAUCCUAUGCUGAGAAUAACUAACAUCAUUUCAUGUUUGUCAAACUGUUUAUAUAAAAACUGUAUUACACUAUAACUGUAGCUUUGUGUAUUGCCU